UGACCGAACAGAAGCCGAACAAGAGUUUUGGACUCCAAGUACCAACCGAAAGCCAAAAGACAAUGCUGAGAUUUGGACCACAACUAAUGCUGCUGGCGAUGGCCUGUUUUGCUCUGCAGAUGGCCCACGGAUGGCUAUUGAAGCUGCCCAAGCUGGAGGCGAAACUAGAAGCCAAGGAGGCCAAGGAUGAAGCAAUGCUGGAUUGGUUCGAGGGCAAGAAGCAGACGGAGCUGCUCAAGAAGCUGGAUUUCCUCAAUUUGUUCACCGAAAAGGAGGAGGCCAAGCUGGAGAAGAAGGAGAACGAGUGGGAGAAGUUCAAGCAGUGGUGGGACGAAAAGAAAGAAAAGGAGCUGGCCUUUUUCGAGGCCAAGAAGGAGAAGGAGCUGGCCUUCUUCGAGGGCAAGUUGUCCAAGAAGUCGGGCAAAAAGAGCAAGUCCAAGAAGACCACAGUGAAGCCUUGCUAUGGCUACCAGGACCAGGAACGGGACACUGCUAAAUACUACUCAGCAGAGGCAACCGAGGCGGAAUACGAGGAGUCCGAGGAAGUCACUGAAAGACCCAGCCGAAAGACCUACGAACGCAAGAGCUACGACAGACCAACCUAUUCGCUGCCCACAAUUUACGAUGUGAGGGACGAUUCGUCGGAGGGCACUCGCUACUUUACCUGAACGAGAACCCAGCUAAUUGGCUCGGAUGGAUGGACGUAUAUUUAUUUAUUGCAUUUUCUCUGCCUGUCACAUCGACGUGUCCGUCUGUCGCUCUGUCUUGCUUUUUAACAUAAUUACAUUUUUUAAUAAAUAUAAUUAAAAUUCA